CUCAUUGCCUUUAUCAAUAAUCAAUUUAAUCGUUGUUCAGCUUCCCUCACUCCUCACCUCUCACCAUUAGCCAGUUUUCAUCUCUCUUCCCUAUGCUGCAAAUUUUGGUUGCUUAAUCAGUAGAUAUAUCAUAGCCUUUUUGUUUUGUAUGUAACAGAGGAAAGUGGGGUUUAUAGAUGAAGACAUGGUGUGCAUGAAACUAGGAUCCAAAUCUGAGGUGUUUCACCUUCAGAGGCAAAGCUGGGUGUGUUCAACUGGUCUGCCCAGCGAUGUCAUUGUUGAAGUGGGAGAUUUUUCCUUCCAUCUCCAUAAGUUUCCCCUGAUGUUGAGGAGUAGAGUUUUAGAAAUUCUCAUAAGUGAGGAUGAGAAAAAGUGUGUUUUGCAUCUUCAUGACAUACCUGGUGGAGCCAAAACCUUUCUGCUGGUAGUGAAAUUCUGUUAUGGUGUCAAACUAGAGCUCACUGCAUUAAAUGUAGUCAGUCUACGGUGUGCUGCUGAUUAUCUUCAAAUGAGUGAAGAAUAUGGAGAGGGAAAUCUCAUUGCACAAACAGAAAAUUUUCUCAGUGAGAUAUAUGGUAGCUGGACAGAUUCUAUUAAAGCCCUUGAGACCUGUGAAGAGGUUUUACCACACGCAGAAGAACUUCAUAUUGUUUCGCGAUGCAUCAAUUGCUUAGCAACGAAGGCUUGUGCAGAUUCGAGUUUGUUCAGUUGGCCCAUGUCAGGAAGUGGUGCUGAACAAAAUCCAGAUGGUAUUGUGUUAUGGAAUGGAAUACGUGUAGCAACUAAUUCAAAGCCUGUGAGUGAUGAUUGGUGGUAUGAGGAUCUGUCCUUCCUUGGAUUAUCUCUGUAUAAGAGCUUCAUUCUAGCUGUUGAAUCAAGAGGCAUAAGGCCAGAGAGGAUUGCAGGGUCUCUCAUCCACUAUGCAAAAAGGCAUCUUCCCUUGGGUAGGGAAUCAGUCGUCCAGAAUGGGAGCCAUGCUGCUACCGCAUCAAUCCUUUCUGCCCCAUCUGAUACGUAUCAAAGGAAUCUCCUUGAAGAAAUAGUAUGGUUAUUGCCUAAUCAAAAGGGUGUCACCCCAACUAAGUUUUUGCUGAGGCUUCUACGGACAUCCAUGAUUUUACAUGCUAGUCCAUCAUGUCGAGAGAAUCUGGAAAGAACGAUUGGAGCUCAGUUGGAUCAAGCAGCUUUGGAAGAUCUUGUGAUUCCAAAUAUGGGAUACUCAGUGGAGACCCUUUAUGAUAUAGACUGUGUUCAACGGAUUGUAGAUCACUUCAUUCUGGUAGAUCAUGAAGAAAUUGAAUAUGGUUCUAAUUGUAUGGAUGAUGAGAGGCAGUUAAUGGGAGUUUCCCAUUCACUGAGCCCAAUGACAGUGGUUGCGAAUCUGGUGGACGGUUAUCUAGCUGAGGUAGCACCAGAUGUUAACUUGAAGUUAACAAAAUUUCAGUCACUUGCUGCUGUUAUUCCUGAUUAUGCCAGAUCAUUAGAUGAUGGAAUUUAUCGUGCAAUUGAUAUAUACCUCAAGGCACAUCCCUGGCUAACAGACUCCGAGAGAGAACAACUCUGCCGGCUCAUGAACUGUCAGAAGCUAUCUUUAGAAGCCAGCACCCACGCAGCCCAGAAUGAGAGGCUACCACUGCGAUUUAUAGUCCAAGUUCUGUUCUUUGAACAACUUAGGCUCCGCACCUCAGUUGGUGGUUGGUUCUUUGCCUCUGAUAACCUUGAACACUCGCGGAAUCCAAGUGGGAAUCUUGCCAUCACCAGAAACGAUAUUCCUUCGCACUCAGGCACCAUGGAAAACCAUAUUGUGACAGUUGAUGAGAUGAAGGAGCGUGUAUUUGAGCUGGAAAAGGAGUGUUUGAGCAUGAAAAAGGAAAUUGAAAAGCUUGUGAAGACAAAGGGAGGUUGGAAUACUUUCUCGAAAAGGUUUGGAUUUAGAUCGAGGUCGUCUGAUCCUAAAACACCAAGGUCCUCCGAUCUAAGGACAUCAGAAGAUUCAGACCUCCAUGAUCCCAAAGCUUCAUCUACAACACCAGCGCCAUUGAUGAAUGGAAGAGAAAAUGGCUAAGGCGGGAAAUCAGGAGAACUAGUUUUAAAACCAAAUUAGAAACAGAGUGUUUUUGGCUUAACAUCUUACCUCCUGGUACACUUCCAAAGUUUGGUUUCUUUGUUUUUGGUUUAGUUAAUUAGUUUAUGUUUUUGGCCUUCGUUUGGUUAAUGAGUUAUAAAAAGUGGUAAUUUUG